AUUAUUCAAAAGUAUAGAGAUAUAAAGCGUCCGUAAAAUUUGUGCAAAUUCCUUAAAUUGUUAUGCACAAAGCUAAAGUGUCACUAAACUCCCCACAUUGUUAUGUGCAGAGAUAGAGUGUCAAUAGAUGUUAAAUCACCUUCAUAUUCCUCUCCAAAACUCCCAUCCUCUCCCCUUCACCAUAAUCAAAAGCACCGUAAACAACCCACACCAAAUUCUACAACCACAUAUGAUCCGCCAUUGACAAACCACAACAAGCUCAAUUCCUACACAGCUUCUUCUUCAGCAUCUCACUCUAGCCGCCAUUCUAUAAGCAGUAUUCGCAGCUCUCUUCCCGAUAGUCCCCAUCUCUACGACAUCUCCGAAAUCCGCACGGCUACCAACAAUUUUCUUGCAAAAAGCCUCUCCAAAUCUUCAAGAUGUUGGCGAAGCGAAUUGCACGGGAAAUCCGUGGUGAUUUUCCCAAGGAAAUCGCACAUUUCGGGUGUUUUACGCCCCUCGAUUGUUCGACAAAAGCUUUCUUCGAUCUGUAAAUCUCACCAUACUGCCGUCAUAAAUCUGCUGGGAGCAUCGAUUUCAGGGGAUUAUAUAUACCUCGUUUAUGAAUUUGUAAAUGGGUCUAGUUUAUCUGAUUUGCUUGGAAAUAAGAAUAACCCAGAAUACACUGUUCUUAAUACAUGGAUGUCGAGGAUGCAAAUUGCUACGGAUUUAGCAAAUGGGCUUGAUUAUAUUCAUAAUAAUACUGGAUUGGAUAUGAAAUAUGUGCAUAAUCAUAUAAAAUCAAGUAGUAUUAUCGUUACAGAGCCGUAUUUCAAUGCUAAGAUAUGUCAUUUUGGGACUGCGGAAUUAUGCAGUGAACCCACGGAUGAUAGAGAAAGAGAUGAAUUUGAUAGCAAGUCUUCUCACAAAUUGGAGGACAUUAUUGAUGAAAUUGAGGAAAAUGCGAUGGAUUCAUUUUUGUCUUCAACCGAGAAGAAAUCUACUAGGACUAAGAGUGUCAAAUUUAACGGCACUCAAGGGUACAUGUCGCCAGAGUUUCAGUCGACGGGGAUAGGCACACGAAAAUCAGAUGUGUAUGCCUUUGGAGUGGUGAUGUUAGAGUUAUUAUCAGGUGAAGAGGCGGUGAAGUACAAGUAUGAUAAGGCUAAGCGAGAGUAUAUCAGAGUCUCUGUCGUAGAUGCAGCUAGAGCAAUCUUGGACGUAACCGGGUUAGACAGAGAAGCGAAGUUACGAAAAUGGAUGGAUCCGCGACUUAAGGAUUCAUACCCGGUUGAGAUUGCGGAUAAGUUGACUCGCUUGACUGUUGAUUGUUUAGAUGUGGAUCCUGACAAACGACCUGAUAUGCGACGUGUUGCGGGGAAGAUUUCACGGCAUUAUUUAGAGUCUCAAAUUUGGUGCGACAAGUUGAAAUAUCCCACAGAUAUUACGGUGUCGUUUGCUCCUCGGUAGAUACUCGUGGAACUGUAGUGUCCGAUCGUCAUGGUGUGCUCUACUUAUUAUACAUGUAUAUUUGAAUAGCAAGUGCUAUUGGUUGAGUUCAUUAAAUCUUAUUUAUUAUUGUCCUUAGAUAUUUUUAUUUAGUCGUGUUUGCAAAUGGGGCUAUACUAUUGUCCUCUCUUUUUACCCUUUUAACCAUGCCCCCCCAAAUCCACUAAGCCUUUAUAUUAUUAUUAUUUUUUUUAACUUAACCCAAACAAAAUUCAACCUAAGUUCA